GUCUCAUAUAUUGUUUGCACUGGGUGUACUAUUUCCACUCUGCCCAUCUCCAUCCUGUGAAAAUUAUAAGACACCGAGUUUUUUCACCAAAAAUACAUUGUUAACUGUUGUAAUAUCGUGUAAACAUUUUCAGGAUUACUCACCGAAAGCUGUAAACGAGUUCCUGGAAUUUGUAGCAUAUUUUUUCUGGAGCUUUGUUUCUAAAAAUAGGAAUGUACAUGCUGGUGCUUCAGAACUACUUUCACAAGGUGGUUAUUUUUCUGAGGUUUCGGCGCCCGUCGCCUCAGUUCUCCAUCUCUAUGCUACCGUAUUACACUUCAGUACAGAGCAAAUUGAAAGUGAAGAUCAACUGACUAUGACAGUGAAUUUUCUCAAGAACGAAAAGAAUCUACAAACUUUGAACACUGCACUUGACACACUAGCACGGAUUUUCUGUGUCAACAAUGGCAAAUCCAAGCAACGUGAUAGUUUGGGGAAGUAUGUGAGUCGUCCAGCAGACGCUGGACAUCCCGAUAAGAGACACACUUAUAGUUAUUCUCAGUCACAUGAGCAUAUUUAUUUUGUGGCGUAUCUUGAUUCUUUGGAGUUCCUUUGCGAGAUACUAUUAUUGCAGCAUACAAAUGUAGUUUGGGAGAACUUCUCCAAAGGAAAAACAAUCCCCAAUUUGGGAAACAUGACUUGUGUCCUAAUGGCAUUGGACCAAUUCAUUGAUUCCAGCUUUAUUGCUUACAGUUGUACCAAAAGGUCUGAAGAAGAGAAGGAGAGAUUGCGUAAACAACGUGCAACCUUACUGAAAUCCCUAGUUGCAGCGUUCAAAAUUUCCUUUGUGACCAAUGAUGCUAUCCAGAAGAGCUUGUCUUCUAUCAAUCGUGCCAUCUCAAGUACAUGGAUAAAGCUUGAUGAUCUCAUCUUUUUAACCACUUCUAUGUGGAACAUUGGUGUGGCACUUUAUAAUAUUGGACAUCUUGAAGAGGCACCAAAGGCAUUAGAACUAUGCUGUCAAACAACAUGGGCAUACGCCAGACUUUCUUACUGUAGACUAUCAUCAACAGCGGAAGGUCACAUCAUUACUGAUGAUCUACCAAAGGAUACACCGGAGGGUAUCAUUGCAGGUGUAUUUGCAAGGAUAGUAAAGGUGGUUGGCAUUCUUCAUAGAUGUGGCUCAAAAGCGAUUCGUGAUAUUGUUGUGAAGAGCCUGUUUGAAUCGUUUUUUUAUGGUGACACAUCUGAUUAUCAAAAAAACUAUUUGGUUCUGGUCGAGUUAUGGGUGAAGAUAACACUUCAAGAUUUUAAAGAUGGCCAAGGUGUGGAUAGUGCUCCUCUUCUCUAUCACUCUCUUAUGGGCUGCUCGCCUCCCUUGCCAAUGAAGUUCAUAGGCUUAAUCGUAGAGCAGGAAUUAUUAGCAUAUGGAGAAACGAAAUCUCGUGUGACCAUGCUCUGUGCAAAUAUGCAAAAUAGAAUAAUAGAUAUUCUCUUGAAUGAAAUAUAUUGUUCAAAAGAAUAUUAUGUGGACAGAUCAAAGGUUUUAGUUAGGAAGGCACGUAUACUCCGUGCAUCUGGGGUGGAAAACAUAAGCAGCUGUCUUGAGUCCUUGUCUGAAGCCAUCUCUUUACUUGAAGCCAAUCAUGGUGGCAAGGUAAUCUUUGAUAGUGCUAGGAGUGCUGUUGGCUUGUGGUCAAAGAUGGGUACUUUGCAUCAUUGUUCUCCUGGUGUGAUCUUUCAGCAGCAAUCAGAAACUCUUGUACCACUUCUUUGUUCCCUGGUUGAUUUGCUGGCAAUGAAGAGGUUGUGGCCUGUUGAUUUCCUUUCUCAAUCAUGUGAACACUCCUUUGGAAAUCAGUUUGGUUUCAAUGCUAGUGUUGAUGAGAUUGAUAAAGUUGCAUCAUCUCUGGUUUCUGAUGGUCCUUUGAGUAAUCAAUCAACCCAUUUGGCUGGCUGUAUAUACUAUGAUUUGUCAGAAAGACUUCUGUCAAGAGGACAAGUUCUCCAGGCCAUUUCAUAUGGAAGAGAAGCCCUCCAAUUGCGCAAGAAUCUCCUAAAAAAGAAGUUCAAAUUUAAUGUGGGCAAGUUUGUAAGUGGGGGAAGCCAAUGUUUUGGUGGGCAAGACUUGUUUUCACUUGAAGCAUGGGCACCAACGGUGGCUGAAAUCUGGCCAGAUUGCACCAGGCCAAGCAGCAUGAAAGAUUCUUUCCUUACCCCAUGGAAUAUACUUAGAUGUUAUCUUGAGAGCAUAUUACAGGUUGCUGUGAUGAAUGAAUUGGUUGGCAAUGGUGCUGAAGCAGAAGUUUUAUUGCGGACAGGAAAGGCGAUAUCAUGUUUCCAAGGAUUACCAAUUUUUGCUGUUGUCUUUACAUCAGUGUUAGGUAAACUAUACCACAAGAGACAGCUAUGGGAUGCUGCUGAGGGUGAGCUUAAACAUGCUAAGGACCUCCUUGCAGAAAAUGAUGAAUUCAUUUCAUGCAAGACAUGCAAGUUGACGCUGCAGAUAUCAGUUGAUGUCCAAGCUGGAGAUCUGUUUUGGAAUCUCUUUGAGAAAGACUUGCAGAAACAGUCAACAGGCAAUUUAUCUAGUGCUUUAGGGAUGUACCAAUCUGCCGUGGAGAAAUUGAGUAACUCUGGUUUGGAUUUUUCUGCUGGAUCCUGUGAUAAACUUUAUACUAGUUGUGUGUUGUGCAGCAAAGAUUCUAUUGCAGAAACCAAGCGUGGAGCUUGUAAUCAUGGGAAAGAACCCUUAGCAGCCAAGGAUGGAGUGUUACCUACAUGUACUCCUUGUUUGUUGUUCAGUCAGAUACAGUACGAUAAACUUGUGGGAUUGAAAUCUGAAAGGGAAAACUUGAAGAGUGCCGAAAGUGCUCUGCCAUUGGAUGUUAAAGUUAAGAGGGCAUCUAGAACUUCAUUACGUUUAGCUAAAGAACAGAAUGCGGCAGCUCAUGCAAAGACUAGAACCACCCGAUCUAGUAAGCGAACUGCCCAUGUGAAAAAUGAAAAAGACUUGGCUGAACUCAAUAGCAAAAGUGACAUAUCUUGGAGCAACGAAUUGUCCACGGAUGGUUUGGUCUGUGGGAAGCUAAACCGUUCUCUUGAUGGCGUUGAUCGCAACAGAGAUGACACAUGCAAUAUGUUUGGAUGUUGGAGCUGCCUUUUUGUUAAUUCACUCAAUUUUGAGUGCAUUGAGAAUAUACUGCAGUUCAGAGAAGACUGCAUUCGCCGACGCCAUCUUGUGUCGCUUUUGUUAAAAACAGCAAGAACCUUGGGAGCUCAGGGUAGAAUACAUGGAGCUCAUGAAGUUCACAGUAUCUACUGGCGGUGCAUAUCAUUAUUGUAUUUCAGAUCGCUUCCUCAAGGUUGUAAUAGAACAUACGGGCCUUGUUUAAUUGAACUGAUCAUGAAUGAAAAUACUGGCGAUUUUCUUUCUUUAGAGCGUGCAGAAAUACUAUGCAGUAUGAGUUCCUUUUUGCUGAAGGGUUUCUUUUCAAAACAGUCAAGGGAUGGUUGCUGCAGCUUCUGUAGUGUAGAAAUGUCUGAUGUUGUUUCAUGGUUGCUGAAAGCUUUUGUGCUAUCUCGAGAGAGUCCUUCACUUCUCCAGGAGGUUUGCAGGCUACUUACAUGCAUAUUCUUACUAUCAACGAUAGAUUGCACGGUCCAAUUACCUUUGUAUUCCAAGGGAUCUCUCUCUUUGAAUCAUUGGGCGGCAUACUUUCACCAAACUUCGGUUGGAACUUAUCUCAAUUUCCAUUACCUUGCAAGCUUACAAGCAUUGCCCAGAAAAACAGAAACGAAGGGUGUCACUGGAGAUUUCGCAGACAAGACAGAUGAGGUUCCAAAGUUUCUAAGGUUUUCAUCGGCAGACAUGGAACAUCUUGAAAAGCAUGUAAUUGAAUUCUUCCAUGAACUUCCUGAUGUACCAAUUGUGUGCAUUAGUAUGCUUGGAGGUGAUAUUGUGAAUGUUCUUGGGGAAAUACCUUUUAUCCCUUCCCCUUUUCCUGCUUGGCUGUUGAUCUCAAGGUUUGAUUCAACAAACAAGCCUACCACGAUGCUUCUCCCAGUGGAUCCUAUUUCGAAAGAAGCAGAGAAUAGAGGCUCUUCUAUCGAAGAACUGGAUAAUCCAACUAGAACAUCAGAUGAGAAAUGGAAGUGCCCUUGGAGCUACAGUAUAAUAGAUUAUGUGGCUCCAACUUUCAAAAAGCUACUUGAGGAUAAUUUUAGAUCCCUCUCUGGUGCAACCCACAUUCCAAAUGAUGGACAAGCACAAACCAUAAGGUGGUGGUCAGAUAGAAUGAAGCUCAAUGAUGACCUUAAUGAAAUAUUGGAAAACAUUGAAGAAUUGUGGCUAGGACCCUGGAAAUGCCUGCUCCUGGGCCACCAAUUAGCUUACCAACAUAGCGAGGCAGUGCUGGAAAAUCUUAUCAGUGGUCUGGAGUCAGAAUUUAAACUUGAAGUAGAUCCAGCACUCAUCAAGGCCAUCCUUGGUGGGGUUGCAUCAGUGGAUGAAUUGAAAGAAUGUGUUUCUCAACUUAUAUCAUAUAAAAGUUACUUUGGCAGGGGAGGGUGUUGCGGAGGAGAUAGACUUAGAGCCUUCUCUUGCCAGACUGAUGCUGAAGCUCUGACGACCCUCGAGCAUUUAUGCAAUGGUAUAGUGGAUGAGCUAUCUGAGCCAGUUGAUAGAAAUCCGGUCAUUUUAGUCCUGGAUAUUGAUGUGCAGAUGCUUCCUUGGGAGAACUUGCCUGCUUUAAGGAAUCAAGAAAUAUACCGCAUGCCAUCAAUGAGAAGCAUCCUUCUAGCAUUGGCUAGAAGCACUAAUCAUCACAAUGAUGCCAGUGCCAUGGUCCCUCCUUUUCCUGUUAUUGACCCUUUCGACGCAUUCUAUCUGCUGAAUCCUAGUGGUGAUCUGAUCAGCACACAAGACGAAUUUUAUCAGUUGUUUAGAAACUAUGAGUGGAAGGGAAAUGCUGGGGAUGCUCCAACAGCUGAAGAGCUUGUCUUGGCCCUCAGGAAUCAUGAUCUUUUUCUUUACUUCGGACAUGGAAGUGGAAGUCAGUAUGUCUCUGGAAAGGAAAUUGAGAAGUUAGAUAACUGCGCAGCUGCUCUUCUUAUGGGUUGCAGUAGUGGGACACUUCAUUGCAAAGGAGGUUAUGCUCCUCAAGGGGCACCUUUAUCUUAUUUAUUUGCUGGUUCUCCUUCCGUCAUUGCAAAUCUCUGGGAUGUCUCGGAUAAAGAUAUCGAUCGAUUUAGUAAAGCAUUGCUCAGUUCAUGGUUGCAAGAAAAUUUUAAGGCCACCAAGACUUGCCCUAAAUGUUGCCGCUCACUAACACAUGAAUUUGAGACCAUGACCAUUGCUGCAAAGGAUAAUGGUAGGCAAAGACGAAAAGGUACACGACGAGGUCAGAAGCAGCAACAGACAGCAGAGAUAGAUGGCGGUAGUAAUUGCUGUAAUUGCAGGCACAGGCGAAUAGCUUCGCAUAUAAGUGAAGCUAGGCGUGCUUGUAGGCUUCCGCUUAUGAUCGGCGCAUCUCCUGUUUGUUACGGUGUGCCUACUCUCAUCAGAAAGAAGUAAUGGUCUGCGAUUGGUGAUUCAGAUCAGUCCUACUCCCUCCGUCCCGCGGAAAGUGUCGGAUAGGGCUUUUUCCGAAAACCCCCUCGGCGAAAUCCCGACAAGCCCAGCAGUCGACACGCUUCUUCCUCUCGCUCGCUCCGCUCACCCAUCUCGCGCACCGCGCAGAGCCCCGGUGCUGCUCCCCCUCCGCCGUCCAGCGCGGCCGUAUGGCUCGACCUUGCUGCUCCCGUCCGCCUUCUAGCUCACCCGGGCCGCUCCCCUCCGACGUCUGGAUACCCUGCACUGCGAAGGUUAGAUUUUUUCUGCCCAAGAUUGGAUUUGGCUGUACAAUACAUCGCCGCUCUCUUGCUUCCCCACGCCGCCUUGCUGGAUCUGGAAGCAACGCUGGUCGAUAUGAUCCCCAACGGUGGGGAGGAACUCCAGGUCGCCAUCCUCGUUCUUCACCAUCGGUCCGUCGCCAUUGAUAAUGGAGAGGAGAUGGCCACCGUUGUGGAAAGGAUCUGGGAGUCGGUCUUCCCCUUCCGCGGCAUCGCACAUCAAACUUCUGGGUGCCCACCCGGGCCACUCGGCGCAAUAUCUAGACCCGCCCCUGACCCCAGCUAGCUGCAGCUUUGAAGAAAAUGGAGAACCAGAGCGAGAACCUGACAGAGACUAAGGCCAAAGCAAACAGGAAGAUGAGGUGUUGGAGCAACCGAGCGGAUAGUCACCAAUGUUCUCCAAACAAGGGGACGAGGGUGACAAGUCUGGACCGAGGCUGCUUCACUAGUUGUGUGUGCUUCGACCCUAUCCAUGUUGUCUCUGGUGGAGUUUUCUGCCAUCCAGAUUACCCUGUGUCUGUGUCCUCUUCCCUGGAGCUGAUGAUCUUGGUCCUGGAUAUCGCCAUACCUAUACUGCCGGCCUUCAGGUUCCUGUUGCAGUUCAAUUCCUUGAAGGAAAGCCUUAUACCAUGUGGUGAUGGUGGUAUCCUGUCCCAUGCUGUUGCUCAUGUUGCUUCUACAAUCAAGGUACUUGCAAGUGAAUCCAAUGCAUGAAAAAACUGGUUCUAGAACUCCAUAUGUUGCUCUUUUUCUUAAGCUAUCUAGAGAAAAGCUAAAGCAAGAAGAAGACCUCAAUCCAUGUCGAGCUGGAGCUACCGGCUAGACGGGGAUUAGGUCUUUCCCUCCCUGCUGCAACACGGACCUGGCUGCAAGAUGCUGUGUCCGCGGUGCCGGUGGCGACGAGCACAGCGAGCAGGUGAUGCUGCUGCGGCUGCAGAAGGCGAGCGGCAGAGCGGGGAGCUGCAGCUGCUGCUUCUGUGAUAUGAUGCCCGACAAUUGAGGUCCUCUUCUACAGCUGCGAACUGCCGAGUCAGGCAGGAGCUGUGAAGGCCGGUGGUCUCCUCCGCGCGAGUCUGCUCCGGCAAGGCGAGUGAUGCAGUCGAAGGUGGGCGAGCGACUGCAGCCGGACGUCGGCGUGGAGGAGGCGGCUGGGGUCAGGCCAAGUCGGGCGGGAGUUCCUCUGCAUAGGGGCUCCUCCCUCCGAGAGGGAGCGGACGGCCACGAGCCGGACGUAGGCGUGGCGGAGUCGGUUGGGGGUUGCAGGCCGAGUCGGGCGGGAGCUCCUCUGCGCCCCACUGGCCCGGCCAGCACA